AUGAAGAGACAGAUAGAUUUGGCUGAAGAAGAACACGAGAGUGAACAUGAAAAAAGCAAAAGUUCUGGUGAUGAAAGCGAGGAUGAAGAACCAAAAAUAAAAUAUGUUUUGAGUCAUCUUUCCCGAGCAGUGUCGGAAAACCGUGCUUCUGAUUUGCUGCAUAGUAUGGUCGCGUCCAAAGAUAUUCUUUUCUGGACUCCCAGCAGACAAUUACUUCGAAAUAAACGCGCUAUUCCCGUCACAAACAUCGCCGAGCUAGUUGAGUAUGUGUUACCCCCUCAUGAAAAUGAGGUUACCAAGCCUCGUGCGCUGAAUACGUUUCUAGUUAGGAAUCGAUAAAUGUUUAAUCAAGAACAAAAAGUUGUUAAGUGAUUUAAUAGAAAAGGAAAAAGGCUACCGAAAUGUAGAAAAUACUUCCAAUAACGAGAUUAAUAAUGAGGAGAGUUCAUCGGAUAUUGAAAAUGAGGAGGAGGAGGAGGAAGUGGCUUCUGAGAAUGGCGUUGAAGCUGAAGGCACCCAAGAGAGCGACAACGACACUGAAAACGAUAGUGAGGAAACAGAAAGUAGUAGCCCUGAAACGUCCACCACCUUUCACUCUAAAAGUCCCUGUGAACAUUGCGAAAACUCAAAUGUGUACUCGGCAUUGAUCAUGAAAUGUCCUUAA